ACAAAGUCCUCCUCGAUGGAUGCUGCUCCACGAGUGGUUGCACUGGGGAUAUUUCCACCACGAGUGCUUGGAGGAGUCAGUGAAACACCCCGACUCAUGGACACCACAUUCAGUUCCAUGUCAAUUGAGUUCCCAGAAUUCUUCGACGUCGUCGUUUCAUUUCCUGGAAUUGGCUGUCUUGCUCUGGCCGCCGGCCGCGGGUCGGUCUUUCCCGGGCUCCGCCUGCGCCUCUUCCCCGCCUUGCCCGGCGCCCCGCCGCCCUCCCGGCCCCUGGCUGCGGCUGCCCGAACUGCCAAGAAAGGGUCUCGAAGGACCAGGCAGGAAGACACAAAGAAGAAGGCAGGGACUGGGAGGCGGCCGCUGCUGAACAAGCCCGUGGAUGACGUGUACUUGACCUGGCUGUAUAAGAGGCCCUCCUAUGGUGUGGAACAGGCUGUGGCUAUGCUGAAGAAGUUCCAGGUGCUGGACUUCACUCACCCCAGACAGUAUGUCUAUAUUAAUGUCUUCCUAGACAUGGCACUAGAGAAGAAGAAAAAAGUGGAUCCAUUUUCAAGCACUGUUCUUCUCCCACACCGCUUUGCAGAUGAAACAAAUAAGGUCCUGGUUUUCACAGAGAAUGAGCAAGAAGCUGAAAUAGCUCGAGAGAAUGGAGCUGCUAUCGUGGGAGGAGUUGAACUAAUCAAAUGGAUUCUGGAAGAUGAAAUCCAAGCUGACUUUUAUGUAGCUGUCCCUGCAAUAAUGCCUAAGCUGAUACCGUUGAGGAACAAACUAAAACGAAAAUACCCAAACACAAGAAGAAAUUCACUGGGCCAUGAUAUUCCCAAAAUGCUGCAACUCUUCAGAGAAGGUCUUGAGUAUGUGGUAGAAGACGAGCGUGUAAUCAAGACAAGAAUAGCAAGACUGGAUAUGCCCACUGAGCAGAUAAUUGCCAACCUAAAAACAGUUAUCCAAGAUAUCUGCACAUUCAAGCCACCAACUUAUGGUCCUCUGGUGCAGAAGUUGGUUAUUAGAUCUUCAACCAGUGAAGGUUUGCUACUGAAACGUGAUGGACUUCUACCUCAGGUGGAGAAAGUAGAAGAAGAAAAAAAUGCAGAUGAGGAUGAUGAUGAAGAAAAACAUGCCCAAGAAUCUGUUAGUACCUGAUGGUGGAAUUCAAAUAAUAUUUUAUGAAAGGAAAUUAAAAAAAAUAAAUGUACCUUGUGAAUUUCACUUGUAAAUUCUGUGUAACAAGAAGCACUGUCACAACAGGAGUCUGUUGUCAAGGUGGAAGACAUCUUAAAUUCCUUUUGUUGGCAUCUGAAAGCUCCUUGAUUUGUGUGUUGGGGUUUUUUUUAUUUGCUUUGGAUGUAAUAGUUCUUUAAUAAAAAUAUUUCUGUAA